AUGGACCCGGUGGCAGAGGCGCAAAAUGCGCCUGACUUCAGAUUUGAACUCUUCGACACCUGCGUACUCAAGAAUAGUCCAUCACUCGUUGGCAUCAUCCUGCGCACUUACCACGAUUUCAACUCUCAUGAGCCGAUCGCUGAUUGUCUGAUCAUUGCGCAGGAAGGAGUACCAGAUGGGAUACUCCAGUCAUUCCUCGCCUCUGGUAUCCCCCCUAAAGGCUAUGUCUUCAUCCGGUUUGCCAAGCAGGAGUUUGGUCACUCUCUUCUGUCCGAGCGAAGUAUUCAGCUUGUGAGCAGAACCUUUGCCAUUGGUGAUAGUGUCAAACGUAAUGCUGGUGACAGUAUGAUUGGUACCGUGGUGAGUAUAUUUGACUCUUAUGUCUUGGAGCCAGUAUGCAGCACAUCACACAGCUCUUCAUACCCACGACAGAAGUCGUUCGAAUUCCACACUGGCUUCGGGGAUUGUAAUGAGGCCUGCGUUCCGAGGCUCCCCGAUUACCUCUCUCACCCGCUGCGUCAUGCCCUCCUCUACGAUGUUCCAGGGGACGAGUUGAAGCGUGCCGAUGAUUUUGAGCCUGGCGACUAUGUCGUUGAGCGAGAUUAUCUGGGAGUCGUGCAGGAUCACGACAUAGACGCUGUUCUUUACUUGAAGAAUGGUACAGUUGUCAUGGUAGAAAAUGCAUUGGAGCUUGAAUUGGUUGUACCGGACUUUAGACAACAUCUGGUCGCUUUGCCAGAGCUUGAUGAUCUCCGUCGGCCUGACGUUCCCGCAUAUCAGGUUGGUGGAAAAGCCUUCAUUCCCACAGACCAUCUCACACGAGGUCAAUUUGUGACCACGAAUCAUCGAAACUUACGGAAUGGUCGCUGGCUGGUGGGCGAGUAUGACCCAGCAUGCGAUGCUUAUGGACAUGUGCUUGAUGUGAGGACUAAACGAGCUCAUAUCAAGUGGUUAUGCCCCAAUGCUUACAUCCCACGCAACUUGGGUGAUAGGCCUCCCUCUGCUCUACGGCCUUACGAUAACCUCAGCUCAUACAGCAAUCCUCGAGAUUUGCGUCGCACCAAGGGAUUGACUCUGCUCGACCGCGGCCAGCGGCCUCGAUCUUCAGAUAGUAAGUGCUCUGCGGAUGUCAAUACAGGUCAGGACCUGGACGCUGGAGAUCAGGUCCGGUUCAGAGACCAGUCGGGCGCGUUCGUCAAGUAUCAAGGAACUGGUCAUGGUCAGUACAAUCGCAUAUCAAAGGACGUGACCUUUGGCUUUGACAUGAACGAAUUCAUUGUCUUCUACUCUAAGCAGAAUGUGCAGGUUCGUUGGCAGGACGGUUCCGUGGCCGAACAACCCUCGGUUAUGUUACAACCUUAUGUAAUGCCAGAACAGGAACUCUGUCCCGGAGACAUCAUCAGUUUGAAGGAGGAUUCAAUUCAGGUGGCUGUUGGGAAACCAGAGACCACCGCCACCGCUUUUAAUGAGAUGCUCUAUUUGCAAGGAGAUUAUAUACUCAGGCCGCAGAAGGUGGGUGUCAUUCAAGCUGUCAAUGCUCGAGAACGACUUGUACGCGUACGAUGGUUCCUCCAGCCCACGGUGAGUCUUAUACAGCAGGGCAACUUGCUGCAAAGGGGCGCAUACUUUGGACCGAUUUCCGAUGAGAUCCAGGACGUCUCUCUGUAUGAAGUGAUGGCACAUGCUGCAUUAAUGCGGAAACGCAGAGACAUUGUCAUCCUUCCCCCCCAACAUUUGCCAGUCCAUAGUAUAUUGGGCGUGUCACAACGACUGGAUUCUUUCGACGAAGAAAAGUUUGGUUCUGCACUUCUCUCAUGGACCACACGACCAUCUGGUAUGGACAUGCACACGUAUCUUCGUGCGCUUGCAAAGCCAAUAGCUAUCCGAGAUCUCAAGGAUUCAAGCUUCUCGCCGGCUGACUUCCACAAUACUCCGGACUGGGUAGGAGAAAUAGUAGAUCUCGGCUUGGACGGGCUAUUGACUGUUCGACUUUGUGGAUCACCCCAAUGCGAAGAAAUUCGUGUACCGUGGGAGCGAGUUUUAAUCAUCGUAGAUGAUGAAGCCGCGGUUGAAUUUCCUCCUGGGGCCCCAGGUUCCUUUGUGGAUGAGGAAUUCCCAGACUUAGAGUACCUCAGUGAAGGGUCAGAUAUCUCGGCCAUGGAGGAAACAAUUGAAUACGAUGGCGGAGAAAGAAUGGAUAAUGAAAGUGGGGAUGAAGGAUGGUCUACCGAUGCCGAUGAGAUGGAGAUAGACGCUGAAACAAGAGCCAACAACAUCAACAACAGGAUGCAUGUUGAGGCUACAACACCGCCGAGUUCGAAUACCCCUGACACAGUUUUAAGGGAGAGGGGUCUUACAGAAGACGAGAGCAGUCAGAAACAGGUAGAAACCUCGUCGUUAACGACGAAGCUGCAAAAUUCCAUACCUUCUUCACCGCCUGAACAAUCCAGCCUACCCAAAGCUCCAUCAUCAUCAUCAUCCCAUCCACAAUUAUCAUCCACCAUCACCAACCUGAUCAGCCUUUCAAAAUCUCAAACCGAACCCCCACCCUCCUUCCUCGUCCUCGACACGCCUCCACCACCCGACCAAUUCCACAGCGCAGACGCCUCAUCCUCCUCAGCCCCCUCAGCAAGCUUCCUCAAACGCGUCCACCGCGAACACCGCAUCCUCGCCACCUCCCUACCCCCAACCCAGAUCUACAUCCGCACCUACGAGUCGCGCCUCGAUCUCCUCCGAGCCGUCAUCCUCGGCCCACCGGACACCCCCUACGAGUUCGCCCCCUUCCUGAUCGACCUGUACCUGCCCGCCACCUACCCGGCCCAACCGCCCAUCGCGCACUUCCACUCCUGGACCUCCGGCCUCGGCCGCAUCAACCCCAACCUCUACGAGGAAGGCAAGAUCUGCCUCUCCCUCCUGGGAACCUGGCCCGGACGCGGCAUCCAGGGCGAGAGCGACACGUGGAGCGAGAAGGCGAAUCUGCUGCAGGUGCUGUUGAGCCUGAUGGGGCUGGUGUUGGUGAAGCGGCCGUUCUACAACGAGGCCGGCUUUGAGGGCUACGAGGGCGAGGGCGCGUAUCAGGUGGAGAGUCUGCUGUACUCGGAGAAGGCGUAUGUGUUGGCGCGCGGGUUUGUGAGGUUUGCGCUCGUCGAGGGCGUCAGGGCCGUCGAGGAUGUGCUGGCGUGGGUCUAUUUGGUUGGGUCGCGGAUUGGAGGAGAAAAGGCUGAGGAGAGAGAGAUGGAGGUUGAUGGAGAUGGUGAUGGUGAUGAGGGUGCAGCGAAAGGAAAGGCGGCGCUAUUGCCAGAACGGCCAGGUCUGGAGGCACAACAACGCCCGGAAUUGUUGGGGAAACUGGUCGAGCGGGCCAAGGCGCUGAUGGAGUAUUCGUCGUCCUGUACGGAAGAGGAGAGGGAUGAGCUGGUGGAUGGCAUGGGCAGGCAGAAUGCAGAGGCUUUCAUGAGGCCGUUGAGUCAGGGGGCAAUCGUGAUGCUGAGACGGCAUCUGGACGUGCUGGAGAAGGCUUUUCUGGUUGGAGCUUAG